GCCCGCCCCCGUCCGUCCCCACGGCGGCCGACCCGACCGUUGCGAAUUGCGAUCCAUCCAUCCCCUCUCCUCCCGCGGGGACCGAGCCCAGCCCUAGCCGCCGCCGCCCUUCGCGCUCUCCCGUCCCCCCCGAUCUCCAGCGCCGCCGCUUAAUCCGCCCCCGGAUUCGCCGGCCGGUCGGGCCGGUCCGGGCCAGGAGGCGGCAUGAUCCUGGAGCAGGUCGGCGAGGAGGAGGAGGGCCCGGCGGGGCUGGUGGCCCCGCCGGCCAACUUCGGGAUGGUGGACGCGGGGGUCUACCGCUCGGGAUUCCCCGACGCCGCCAGCUUCGGCUUCCUCCGGGGGCUCGGCCUCCGGUCCGUCGUGUACCUGUGCCCGGAGCCCUACCCGGAGGCCAACGCGGCGUUCCUCGAGGCCGAGGGGAUCCGUCUCUUCCAGUUCGGGAUUGAAGGCAACAAGGACCCAUACGUGUCCAUACCUGUGGAUGCCAUCGUGGGGGCUCUUAGGGUCUUGCUUGAUGUAAGGAACCACCCAGUUUUAAUCCACUGCAAAAGAGGAAAGCACCGCACUGGAUGUCUGGUGGGCUGCUUCAGAAAGCUGCAGAAUUGGUGCCUAUCAUCCAUCUUCGAAGAGUACCACCGCUAUGCUGCUGGAAAAUCCCGGUUGUCAGACCUGAGGUUCAUUGAAUCCUUCGAUGUCACCUGCAUGAGGGAUUGCAUGCUCAGACUCAUCUACCGCUACCACGACUGUCUUCAGAAAAGCAAGCGCCUACAGUACGAUGUCAGAUAACGACAAGGGGACUGGGAACCAACGUCCCAGGCCCUUGAGUUUUGUUGGAGCAUGAACUGCUGAAAGAGUUGUAAAACAAGUCACCAGGGCAUUUGUUGAUUCUUUUAUGUCUUCAUGCCUUGUUGUGAGUGAUUCUUCUGUAAGUGAAAAUCUAUUGAGCACAGGCCUCAGCCAUUAAUCCAUUGCAUGGUUCGUUUCCUCUGAAA